AUGUCAAGGAUAGCCAGCUCAAUGCUACGACAAGCCGCAGUUGCCGGUCCAUCCAGGAUAGUCAGGUCGAGGAACUUCGGAUUCAUACCGACAGCCUCUCCCGAGCAAAAGCUGUUCCCUGAUCAAGCUUCGAAUCCUGUAGUUCGAGAUAGUCUGGUACCGAUUGUUGUCGAGCAAACUGCUAGAGGUGAAAGAAGCUAUGAUAUAUAUUCGAGACUGUUGAGGGAACGAGUGAUAUUCUUGGGACCGGUAAAUUCUGUCGAUUCUACCCUCUUAACCGCCCAACUCCUGUUCCUCGAAGCUGAAGAUCCCUCUCGACCCAUCAAGUUGUACAUCAACUCACCAGGAGGAGUGGUGACUUCCGGAUUGGCGAUAUACGAUACCAUGCAAUAUAUAUCUCCACCUGUACAUACAUUCUGUUUGGGUCAGGCGGCAAGUAUGGGUAGUUUGCUCUUAGCUGGUGGAGAGAAAGGCCAUAGAUAUGCAUUGAAGAAUAGUAGUGUUAUGAUACAUCAACCAUCCGGCGGAGCCCAAGGCCAAGCUUCCGACAUUGCUCUGCAUGCCAAGGAGAUCUUACGUAUUCGAUCAGCCUUGACCGACAUAUAUGCCGAUCACUGUACGAGGCCUGACGAACAGAGGGAUACUGCCAGAGAAAGAUUCGAAAAGGCAUUAGAGAGGGAUUAUUUUAUGACUGCGGAUGAGGCUGUGGAAUUUGGGAUUGUAGAUAAGAUAGUGACACGUAGGGCGGAUGGGCAGAUAGGUGAGGAAGAGAAGAAGUAG